AUGGAUAUGAAUCAAUUGUUUGCUUCAAUUAAUCUGAUGAAUGUAUCUGAACACACUGUUAAAUGUGAUGUUUGCCUUCAGACUCCACCCCAGAUUGCAUCAGAUGGCCUAUGGGGAGGACAUAGCACAGAAGGGUCACCUUUAAGGUCAUCUAUGCCAGUCUUUCUACUUCAAGUCGUUUUAAUUUAUACUAUAACACGAGCUUUACAUUUCCCUUUGAAGAAGUUUGGUUUUCCUGCUAUGAUUUCACAAUUGAUGGCUGGGCUCAUUAUAGGACCAUCAUUGAACAUAUUGGAGAAAGAGAAGACAAUGAUGUUUCCUUAUGGAAGUCAAGAUACACUCGCUACAAUAGCAUCACUUGGUUAUAUGCUAUUUGUCUUUGAGAAUGGUGUAAAAAUGGAUUUUAGCAUGAUCACCAGAACAGGAAGACUUGGAUGGAUCAUUGCCCUUGUAGGGUUGUUAUUUCCUCUACUAAUGGGUUAUUCAUCUAUAGGAUGCAUUUCUGCAAUUAUAACCCGGGAUAUACCAGAAAAUGCGCAUUCAUCUGUUGUUAUAUUGAUGACACAGAACAUGAAUUCAUUUGCAGUGAUUGCUUCCGUCCUCAAUGACCUUCAAAUCCUAAACUCUGAACUCGGAAGAUUGGUAUUAUCUUCUGCACUGGUGGGUGACACAUUAAGUAAUAUACUUGUAGUUACAUCUGCAGUCUUUGAUAAAAACAAGGAGGUGAAUGCAAUUGGUGUAAAAUUGGUGUUCAUUUUCGUCCUAAUAAUCUUCAUUUUCUUUGUCUAUCGUCCGUUAAUGUUCUGGGUGAUUGAGCACACACCAGAAAGUCAAGAAGUGAAGGAUAUUUACAUUAACAUUGUCAUUGGGUUUCUCUUUGUUUUGGGUUGGUGUUCAAUGCUCUUCAAUCUAGAGUUCAUCCUUCUACCUUUCCUUUAUGGAUUGGCUACACCAGAUGGACCUCCAUUAGGAUCUUCAUUGAUUAAAAAGAUUCAUUUUUUUGGUUUAGAAUUUCUUAUGCCAAUCUUCGUGACUACAUGUGCAAUGAAGAUGAAUUAUUCCUUGGUAGAGCUCACAUCACCCAUAAUUAUAAGCACUACCACUAUCAUCCUUUCGGGUCAUCUAAUGAAAAUGAUAGCUUACAUAGCAUCCUCACUCUAUUUCAAGCUACCACGAAGGGAUGCGCUGGCUCUUGCCCUCCUUCUAAAUUGCAAAGGUGUUGUGGAAGUAGCCAUGUAUAGCUCUGCAUUGGACAAAAGAGACAUUCAACCAGCACAUUAUACGGUGAUUGUAACAAUGAUCAUGAUCUCAAAUAGCAUCGUUCACUUGACAGUGAAACGGUUGUAUGACCCUUCAAGGAAGUAUUUUGGUUUGCAGAAGAGGAACAUAUUCAAUUUAAAACUCGACACAAAUCUCAGAAUGCUAGUUUGCAUUCAUAAACAGCAUCACAUAAUACCUAUCAUCAGAGUUCUUGAUUUGUGUAAUCCUACACCAUUAUAUCCAAUCACUGUCGAUGUUUUGCAUCUAAUUGAACUAGUAGGGCGCUCCACCCCUAUUUUCAUUUCUCAUAGGAAGAAGAAAGAUGUUUCUUCUCACACAAGAAACUCUUACUCCGAGAAUAUCAUUCUUUCUUUCAAAAUCUAUGAAGAUGAAAAGUUAGGUGCAACAUCAAUAAACCCUUAUACAGCCAUAUCUCCACCUACUCUAAUGCACGAAGACGUGUGCUACCUUGCAUUGGAUAAAGUUGCAUCGAUCAUCAUUCUUCCUUUUCAUCGAAAAUGGUCCUUUGAUGGAAAAAUUGAACACGAGGACAAGACAGUGAGGUUACUGAAUUGUAGGGUCAUGGAGAGAGCUCCAUGCUCGGUUGGAAUAUUAGUGACUCGUUCAACUCAUCCAAAAGAUUCACCACUUCGGUUAGCCAUGAUCUUUUUGGGUGGAAACGACGAUAGAGAGGCUUUGUGCUUAGCCAGUAGAGCAGCCAAAGACUCUGGUAUUGUUAACCUUGUGGUAUAUCACAUUACAAGCAAAAAUGGAGAAGAAAUUGAAGACAUGGAGAGUAUGCUUGAUCGCGUAAUAUUGAAAGAUGCUGAAAAAGAAUGUUCAAGGUUGAAAAAUGUUGUUUUUAAGGAAAUAACAGUGGAGGGUGGUGCCCACAUAGCUUCUAUUCUUCGUCAAAUGACAGAUGAUCAUGACUUUUUUAUAGUUGGGAGACGCCAUGGUAUUGAUUGUCCUCAAACAAAGGGACUUCAUGAAUGGACUGAGUUUUCAGAAUUAGGUCUCGUAGGUGAUUUUCUUGCUUCUGCAGAUCUUGAUUGCAAAUCAUCUGUUUUGAAAACCCCCACAUGGACUUGGGCUUGGGCCGGGGCCGUCCGACCCGGGUUGUACAUUUGGGUUGAAAAGCUUGGCUUUGUUCAUUUUCCCUACAAAAUAACCGAAAUGGAAGCACAUCCAAACGCAGUCUCCAUGCUGAGAGGCAGAACUAUAGCACCACCUCCUCCACCAUUACUCAUCCUCAGUGCAAGGCUUUCGUCACCGUCACCGUCACCGUCACCGAUACUUUCAUCGUCACCCUCCGUUACUGCCUUGGAACCCACACUAUCGUGUUCUGCAACCCCGAAACCUUGGUUCCUCCGUUUUUCCUUCUUCUUCAAUUCUCAAACUCUUCAAACCAUGACGCUCUCCAAGUGCUUCUCUCACUCUGGGCCAACCGUUCCCAUUCCGAGCCCAUCCGGAUCCGGAUCCGGAUCCGAACCCGAACCCAAAUCCCCUCUCAUGGUGGUUUCCUUCUACAAAUUCGCGGAUUUCCCCGACCAUGCUCUCAUGCGAAACCCCUUGAAGCAACUCUGUCAACGCCUGCGUGUUUCAGGUGGAAUUAUUCUUGCGCCUGAAGGGAUCAAUGGCAGCAUAUGUGGGACUCCCGAUUCGGUGCAGGAUGUACUUGCAUUUGUGGAAAGUGAUGAUAGAUUGAAGGGGCUACGGCAAGCGGAAUCACCUGUCAGUCCUGAGGAUGAGGCCAUCCAUCAUGGACAUAGUCCCGCUUCUCCUCUUGCUGCGGGGGAAGAUGCACCCUUCCGAUGGGAUCAUGUGAGGGUCAAGUUGAAGAAAGAGAUUGUUACUCUUGGGAUGCCUACUGUGUCCCCUAUUGAAAGGGUUGGAAAGUAUGUUGGCCCAGAAGAGUGGAAUGCUUUGAUUAGUGAUCCAGAUACAGUGGUUAUUGAUGUGCGAAAUAACUAUGAAACCAGAAUAGGGAAGUUUAAAGGAGCAGUUGAUCCAUGUACUACAUCAUUUCGUGAAUUCCCAUCAUGGGUAGAGGAGCAUUUCCAACUUGACGAAACAUAUGAUGGUGAGCAUCCAAAAGUUGAGGUAAACAAUUCAGCCCAACCUGUUGAAGAAGAAAUGGACAAUAAAAAACAACAUAUGCCACGUGUUGCAAUGUAUUGCACUGGAGGUAUUCGUUGUGAGAAAGCUACAAGUCUACUUCUCACCAAAGGUUUCAAAGAGGUUUAUCACCUUGAAGGUGGAAUUCUAAAAUAUCUUGAAGAGGUUCCAGAGACAGAGAGCCUCUGGGAAGGGGAGUGCUUUGUUUUUGACAAACGAGUCUCUGUAGAGCAUGGCUUGGUUCCAGGAACUUUCAAACUCUGCUAUGGUUGUAAACAGCCUGUGAGUGAUGCUGACAUGGAAGCCCCGGAAUUUGAACAAGGAGUCUCUUGUCCAUACUGUUUUGCACUGAAAUCUGAUGAAGUGAAGGAGAGAGCUCGAGCUCGACAAAGACAAUUUGAGAGAUGGGGAAUCAUAGGUGGUCCAGAUAAGGGUCGCCGCCCAGCAACUCAGCAACCGGCAAGUGUUGGCAGUAAUUCAAAUCAGCUUUCACGUUCCAUUUAA